GACCCCUCUCACUCCGCUUCAGUCUCAGCAGCUGCGCGCAGUGUGCAGUCCUCUCAGACUGAGAGAGCACAGCGGAUCCCAGUCAGUCCUCCUCCUCUCUGCCAGUCACACCAGGAUGGAUCUACCCUCCUAGCAGAUCGCGAGUCUACUUCAACAGUUUGCAAGUUUAUCUCCAGUUACAGAGCGAAAACGAAACAGGAGUCUGACGUGCGUUUCCUCUCUCCCAGAGAACACCCCCCCUUCAUCUCGGCGCAUUAACUUGGCUGUCGGAAACCUUCACGAUGACAGCUACCUGGCUACAUUCUCGCGUUUUGCUCCUGCUCUGCUUCGUCUCGUUUGCAGAGUGCAAUACGUUUGCCUUCACGGAAGAGCCCUCCGAGAGAGCCGGGAAGGCAGACGGGUAUUGUAGCCGGAUUUUACGGGCUCAGAGCAAUAGGAAGGAGGUCAACAACGAGUUUCGCCUCCGCGUUGAGGGAGACCCGGAGAACUAUCAGCCGGGGAGCACGUACAGAGUGACUCUGUUUGCAUCCAGCCCCUCCUACUUCAGAGGGUUCACCCUUAUCGCCCUAAAGGAGGGUGCAGUGGGAGACAAGGACGAGGACUACUCUGGAAAUUUCCAGAUAAUUGAUGAGGAGGAAACACAGUAUAUGACAAACUGCCCCCCUGCUGUGACAGAGAGCACUCCUCGCAGACGCACCAGCAUCCAGGUGUUUUGGACAGCACCUUCGACUGGCUCCGGCUGUAUUCUUCUCAAGGCGAGCAUUGUGCAGAAGAGGAUAAUCUAUUUCCAGGAUGAAGGCUCACUCACCAAGCGGAUGUGUGAGAAAGAGCCUCUGUACGGGGACACCACAGAUAAACCUCUGCUCGACUGUUGUGCCUGUGGAACAGCAAAGUAUAGGGUCACCUUCUAUGGAAACUGGUCAGAGAAGAGUCAUCCCAAAGACUAUCCACGUCGAGCCAAUCACUGGUCAGCCAUCAUUGGUGCCUCCCACUCCAAGAACUACGUGCUGUGGGAAUACGGUGGCCUUGCCAGUGAAGGAGUUAAACAAGUGGCUGAGCUGGGCUCCCCGGUCAAAAUGGAGGAGGAGAUCAGACAGAAGGGGGAUGAUGUCCUGACGGUCAUUAAAAUGAAAGCACAGUGGCCCGCCUGGCAACCGCUCAAUGUGCGGGCCGCCCCCUCAGCUGAAUUCUCAGUGGACCGAACUCGUCACCUCAUGUCCUUCCUGACCAUGCUGGGCCCCAGUCCAGACUGGAACGUGGGUUUGUCUGCUGAGGACUUGUGUACCAAGGAAUGUGGCUGGGCGCAGAGGGUGGUCCAGGAUCUGAUCCCCUGGGAUGCGGGUACAGACAGUGGGGUGACAUAUGAGUCUCCCAACAAACCCUCUUCACCUCAAGACAAGAUCCGACCCCUAACCAGUCUGGAUCAUCCACAGAGUCCUUUCUACGACCCUGAGGGGGGCGCUAUCACUCCUGUGGCUAGGGUGGUAGUGGAACGCAUUGCAAGAAAGGGUGAGCAGUGCAACAUUGUGCCAGACAAUGUGGAUGACAUUGUAGCAGAUAUCGCCCAAGAGGAGAAAGAGGAAGAUGAUACUCCUGAGACAUGUAUCUACUCCAACUGGUCCCCGUGGUCCGCCUGCAGCUCUGCCACCUGUGAAAAGGGCAAGCGGAUGAGGCAGAGGAUGCUGAAGGCCCAGUUGGACCUUAGCGUGCCCUGUCCACACACCCAGGAUUUUGAGCCCUGCAUGGGGCCUGGGUGCAGCGAUGAGGAUGCCUCUACCUGCAUGAUGUCAGAGUGGAUCACCUGGUCUCCAUGCAGUCUGACCUGUGGGAUGGGUACACGUUCCCGGGAGCGUUACGUGAAGCAGUUCCCUGAUGAUGGCUCAGUGUGCACCCUGCCUACAGAGGAGACUGAAAACUGUGUGGUCAAUGAGGAGUGCUCUCCCAGCAGUUGCCUGGUUACAGAGUGGGGUGAAUGGGAUGUCUGCAGUGCAACUUGUGGCCUCGGCAUGAAGAGGAGAGAGCGCAUGGUGAAGAUGCCUCCUGCAGAUGGCUCCAUUUGUGGAGCUGAGGUGCUAGAAGUGGAGAAGUGCAUGAUGCCAGAAUGUCACACAAUCCCCUGUAUGCUGACUCCAUGGUCUGACUGGAGUGACUGCAGUGUGACCUGUGGAAAGGGUCUGAGGACACGUCAGCGUACACUCAAGUCCCCUGUGGAGCUGGGGGAGUGCACGGAGGAGUUAGAACAGGUGGAGAAAUGCAUGCUGCCAGAGUGUCCCAUAGACUGUGUCAUGUCAGAGUGGACCGAGUGGUCAGAGUGUAACAAGUCCUGUGGGAAGGGUCAUACAAUCCGGACGCGGAUGGUGAAGCUCGAGCCUCAGUUCGGAGGAGACCCCUGCCCUGAAACCAUUCAGAGGAAGAAGUGUAAGAUCAGGAAGUGCAACCGGGGACAGGCCAACAGCGACGAGAAGAAACGGCGCAAGGAGCAGCGGGACAAGAGGAGGAGCAAACAGAGCAGAACUGAGGCCAACUCUGAGCAUCCAGGGUGUAAAAUGAGACCAUGGUCGAGUUGGACGGAGUGUACCAAGCUGUGCGGCGGAGGCAUUCAAGAGCGACUCAUGACAGUGAAGCAGAAGUUUAAGACUGCACAGCUGUCCAGCUGCAAAGACAGGAAGGAGAUCCGAGCUUGUAAUGUGCAGCCCUGCUAG